AUGUUAUAUAAAUUUGAAACCAAGACUAACAGAGUCAAAGGUUUAAGUUUUCAUCCAACUAGACCUUGGAUUCUCACCAGUUUACACUCUGGUUCAAUUCAUCUCUAUGAUUAUCGUAUUAAAACUUUAUUAGAAAAGUUUGAAGAACAUGAAGGUCCUGUAAGAGGUGUUAAUUUUCAUAUGACCCAACCAUUAUUCGUAUCAGGUGGUGAUGAUUAUAAAAUUAAAGUUUGGAAUUAUAAACAACGUAGAUGUUUAUUUACAUUAAAAGGACAUAAAGAUUAUGUUAGAACAGUCGAAUUUCACAGAGAAGCACCAUGGAUUGUUAGUAGUAGUGAUGAUAUGGUUAUUCGUAUUUGGAAUUGGCAAUCAAGAACAUGUAUUUCAGAACUUAGUGGACACAACCAUUAUGUUAUGAGUGCACUCUUCCAUCCAAAAGAUGAUUUAGUAGUUUCAGCAUCUUUAGAUCAAUUUAUUCGUGUUUGGGAUAUUUCAGGAUUAAAGAAAAAGAUGACAACAGUUAAACCAUACAGAGAGAACGAUCCAAUGCGUAUUCAAGAAGAGAUUUUUGGCACCGAUGUUAUUGUCAAACUUUCAUUAGAGGGUCAUGAUCGUGGUGUUAAUUGGGCCGCUUUUCAUCCAACUCAACCAUACAUUGUCUCUGCAUCAGAUGAUCAUCAUGUUAAAUUAUGGCGUAUGAAUGACCCAAUUGUCGAUACAUUCCGUGGUCAUUACAACAAUGUUUCAUGUGCUCUUUUCCACCCACGUCAAGAAUUAAUCAUUAGUAACUCUGAAGAUAAAACCAUUCGUGUUUGGGAUAUUGUAAAAAAACAAACUGUCCAUAUGAUCCGUAGAGAUAACGAUCGUUUCUGGACCUUAGCCUCACAUCCAAAUCAAAACUUAUUUGCUGCUGGUCACGAUAGUGGUAUGAUUGUUUUCAAGUUGGAACGUGAACGUCCAAUCUUUGUUCAAAAUGGUGAUGGUGGUGUUUUCUAUUUAAAGAAAAAACAUUUCAAUUCUUUCGACUUUGCCCAAGGUAGAAGUGUUGUAUUAUUUAAUAUUUCAAAAUUACCAUCAAAUAAUGGAACUCAAACAAUGUCAUACAAUCAAACUGAACGUGCUAUUCUCAUUUCAUCCGACUCUGAGGGUGGCACAUAUCAUCUCUACAAGAUUCCAACCAAAGAUAGUAACUCUGUUAACACUAAAAAAGGUACUGGUGUUGCUGCCAUUUUCGUUGGUAGAGACCGUUUCGCUGUUUUAGACAAAGGUAACACUGUUGUUGUUAGAGAUUUAGAGAAUGAAGAAAUCAAGAAAUGCCAACUUCCAUUCACCGUCGAUUGGAUUUAUCCAGGUGGCUCACCAGGUACCAUUCUUGUUCAAUCUGAAGAUAGAGUUUACACAUACGAUAUUCAACAAAAGAAAGUAAACUCUGAAAUUGUUAUUCAUGGUGUUCGUUAUGUUAUUUGGUCAAAAGAUAAAAACCAUGUUGCUUUCCUCACUAGAGAUCUCAUUGUUUUAGCAAAUAAAGAAUUAGAACAAAUCUGUAUGGUCCACGAAACAGUUUUACCAAAAUCUGGUGUUUGGGAUGAACAUGGUGUUUUCAUUUACAGUACUAGCAACCACUUGAAAUAUCUCUUACAAAAUGGUGAUAACGGUACCAUUAAAACUUUAGAAUCAACUAUCUACAUCACUGGUGUCAAGGAUGGUAAAGUCUUUGCUAUCGAUCGUGAAUUCAAGAAUCGUAUCAUCGAAAUUGACCCAACUGAAUACAUUCUCAAACUUUCACUCUUACAACAAAACUACAACAAGGUUAUGAAUAUUCUUAAAGAAAAUCGUUUAGUUGGUAAAGCCAUCAUUGCCUAUCUCCAAAAGAAAGGCUAUCCAGAAGUUGUUCAUUUCGUUAAAGAUGAUAGAACUCGUUUCAAUUUAGCUUUAGAUUGUGGUAAUAUCGAAAUCGCUCUUCAAAGUGCAAAAGUUUUAGAUGAUAAAGAAUGUUGGAGUCGUUUAGGUGUCGAAGCUCUCAAACAAGGUAACUACCAAAUUGUUGAAAUGGCCUAUUCUAGAACCAGCGAAUUUGACCGUCUUUCAUUCCUCUAUUUAUUGGUCGGUAAUUUACCAACCCUCAAAAAGAUGAUGUCAUACGAAUCAAGCGACAUCAUGAGCAGAUUCCAAUUCUCUUUAUAUUUGGGUGACGUAGAAGAAAGAAUUAAAAUUCUCCAAGAAGCCGGUUUACACCAACUUGCUUUUAUUACCGCUUCAAUUCAUGGUCUCACCGAAAAAGCUCAAGCUAUUGGUGCACAAAUUACUGCCGAUGGUAAAGCACAACUUCCACAACUUCCACAAGAAUCUUAUCUUUUAACACCACCAUCCCCAAUCAAUGCAUUUAAUCCAAGCGAACUUAAUUGGCCACUUUUAUCUGUUGCCAAAUCUGUCGGUGAUGCCAUUAGUGGCGACAAUAGAUUCGGUGUUGAAUCCACCGUCGAUGAAAUUGGUGGUGGCUGGAUUACAGAUGACGAGGUUGGUGUUGAUGAUGAUUUAACAUCAUCAAAUCAACAAGAAUCCUUAGUCGAUGUUGAAGAUGAUGGUUGGGAUAAAUUAGAAUUUAAAGAAUUAGACAAGAUUGGUACUGAUAACUUCUCUGCUGAUAAAAAAGCUGAAGCAGCAUUAUUUGUACCACCACAACCAGGACCAAGCUUUUCACAAAUAUGGGCAAGAAACUCUCAAUUCGCAAUCGAUCAUAUUGCUGCUGGUUCAUUCGAAGUCGCUAUGAACUUGUUAAAUUCACAAAUCGGUGCAAUUAAUUUCGAUCCAAUCAAACCAUUAUUUAUGAAUGUAUUUAUGGGUGCACGUUCAUCAUUGGGUGCUCUUCCAUCAACUCCAUCUCUUUUAAUGCCAAUUCAAAGAAAAAGCUCAUCACCAUACAUUCCAUACAACCUCACUCAUCUCAUUGAUCGUUUGAAAUCAUCAGCUUAUAGAUCAACCACCGAAGGUAAAUUUGGUGAUGCCCUCGUUCACUUUACCUAUAUCCUUCACACCAUCAUCUUUUGUACUGUAGAAACCAAACAAGAAAAUGGUGAAUUAAAAGACUUAAUUAAUAUUUGCCGUGAAUAUAUUUUAGGUAUUAAAGUUGAAUUACAAAGAAAAGAUCUUGCCACUGGUUCUCAAAAAGAUACCACCCAAGGUAGACAAACCGAAUUAGCUGCUUACUUUACCCAUUGUAAUUUAGACUCUUCUCAUUUGAUUCUUAGUUUACGUUCUGCUAUGAACUGUGCCUAUAAAGUUAAACACUUUAACUUGGCUGCUUCAUUUGCUCGUAGACUCAUCUCACUCAAUCCAAACCCAGAUCUUGCCACCCAAGCUAAAAAAGUUUUCAAUUUUGCCCAACAAACUCCAACUCCAGCUGAUGCUCCACAAGUAAACUAUGAUGAACGUAAUCCAUUCGUAGUUUGUGCUCACUCCUUCACUCCAAUCUAUAAAGGUUCUGCUUUAGUUAAAUGUCCAUAUUGUUCAAGUUGUUAUCUCCCACAAUACAAAGGUAAAGUUUGUGCAAUUUGUCAAAUUUCCGAAAUUGGCAAAGAAACUCAAGGUUUACAAGUUAUAAUUAAUCAAAAAUAA